UCGACCGGAGGCGCUGAGAGUGGCGCCGUCGUGGACUUCCAGAAUACUUAAUGUAAUCACGAAUAAACAGAACCCAAUUUUUAGUGGCACUAUCGGCUUUAGAGACUUGGAGUAACUUGCAGUAGGAUGUGCUGGUAGUCGUCAUGGAACACGGGGGGAUUCUCUGGUGCCUCCUGCUGACGAUCAUGAUGCUCAACAACAACAACCGUGACAGCCAAGACACUACUACGUCUACUUCUAGCAUCCCCGCCCAGACCCAAGCAGUCGAUCUGAGCUCUGGAGAUGGCGACGAGGAUAAUCCAAACAAGAGGAGGAAGCCGAAAGAGGACUCUGAGAAUAAAUUUGAAUGCCGCUUCUGUGACAUGAAGUUCCCCAAAUCCCAGGCUUUGGGUGGACACAUGAAUCGUCACCGGGUGGAGAGAGAACAUGAGGAGAUACAGAAGGCAAGAAAUCUUCUAAUUGCACAGCAUCAUGCUCCACCGUAUUAUGCGGCUGCACAAUAUUAUUCUCGAAUGGAUGGUGCAAGCACUUCUGUUGAUGCGACUGGAAAUUUCCCUUCAACUGCAGGCUCCUUCAUGACACCUCAGUUGCCAUUCUAUCAACCUCAAGCUCAAUCGAGUGUGCAAAACUGGCCAGGGAACCAGCUUCCCCCACUGCAGCCAAAUCUAGAUUCUGCCCAAACAAAUCUACAAGGAACAAACUAUUUGAAUCCAACCGACAACACGAGAGCAUACCAGAGUCUGCCAAUGCUGCAAAGAGAAAUCCUGAUGCACGGACUUCAACAUCCGCAACACGCACGAGCUGAGAUGGAGGCUUUAGAGGGAGCCAAGGGUGUCGCUAAGUUUGAGAAGAUGAAAGGAGCAUUGUUGCCUCAAGAGGAGUAUGCUGAUGACGUUGCGCGUUCGCUUGCCACAUUUUUGAGCGAAAUGUAGAUUGGAUUUUAUUUUAUUUUUCAAACUUACAGAAACAUGUUAACUUAUUGUGUAUAAUCUGUGAAGCAUCGAUGACACAUACAUAUUGCAUUAUCGAACUAGAAGCUCACCCACAUUAGCGCGUCUAUUUAGACAUAAAGCUGCAUUUCAUGUGCCCACAGUAGUAGUUCUUUGUAUGAAUUUUGUGACCGUGACAUGAGUUUCAGAAACCUCUCAAAAGGAUCAAAUCUACUCCUCUUUGAAGUAAAACAAACCUAUCAACUUCGCCCAAAAAAAUGAGGUGACGCGGUCCUUUUGCGUUGGUUGGGAACACUGUCUCAGACGUUGUCGUUCUUCCCCUCACCCGCUGUAAUUGUUUUUUGAAUUUUUUGUUCCAAGACAA